AGUAGUCGGAAUGAAAAUGAUUCACUUAACUCCAAAAUUGGCUGAAACUUUUUAUCAGGAGCAUAGUACUAAACCGUUUUUUAAAGGGAUGACCGAAUUCAUGUGUGGUUCGCCCGUAGUGGCAAUUUGCUUGGAAGGAGAAAAUGCUAUCCAAUUUAAUCGCGAAAUUAUGGGUGCUACUAAUCCCCAGGAAGCCCAAGCCGGAACCAUCCGAAAAAUCUACGGAACUGGUAUUGAUGCUAACGCUAUUCACGGCUCCGACAGUCCGCAAGCCGCAGAAAGAGAAAUAAACUUUUUUUUUAAAAAAGAGGAGAUUUUUUCUUGA